AUGUCAAAAUCUGAUACAGCUUCAGCUACGUUUGAAGAAAUUGAUACAAAUCAAGAUGGAAGAAUCGAUAAAGAUGAAUUUCGUAAAUGGGUUUCAAAUACUAAAGAGUGGCCUUCUUCAUCAUAUGAAUCAUCAACUGGUGGAUUUAACGGUAAUGAUAAUACUACUCGUCGGUUUUAUCGCAAUAAAUAUAAAUUUGGUUCUCAAAAUGCUUUGGACCAUACAGCUGAUAAAUAUGCUUCAUAUGAAACCACAGCAGUGUCUAAUCAGUUGAUUAAUCAUCAAGUGAUUAAUACAAGCAGUUCGGAAGAAACAGAAGCCUAUCUUGAAAAAUCGGCUAGUCUUAUUUAUAAAGAUCCUAAUCCACGCAUUAUUCGACGAGCAACAAGUGAAGGUCCAGUAAGAUAUGCACAACGAAUUUUUGUUCGAUAUCUUCAACCACCAGCUGUUCCACCACCAGGACCACUCAUUAUUAAAGAAGUGCGUCCAGCACCACCGUCACCACCUUCACCACUUAUCAUACGCCAACAUGCAACACCUCUUCCUCAACCACCUCCACUUAUCUUACGUGAACGUCCACCAACACCACCGGCACCUGUUCCUAGUGAAACAGUUAUUCGUCAUUUACCUCCUAUACCUGUUCCACCACGAUCAGUUGUCAUCGAACGUUUUCCACCUCCUCCACAAAAACCACGCGAUAUUAUAAUUGAACGAUGGAUUCCCUAUGGACCUCCACCUAAACGUCGUACAAUUGUUGAACACGCUUCUGCUUCUGUAGUAUAUCCAGAACCACAUAAUACGGUUAUUAUUUAUGAUACUAUUGAAGCACGUGUAGUCCGACAAUUUCAAAGACUUGGUGUUAUCAAAGCAAAUCCUGCCGAUUAUGUAGCUCGCUAUGGGUCAUCACUUUUAAAUUCAACGACACUUGUUCAACAGGCUCAUAAUGCUGGUGUUACUGAAGAUACAUCACCUCCGGUACCAUCAUCUUCGAUAUAUACAAAUAUAUGGGAAAAUAAUGUUGAUUUUAAUCAGUCAAAUGAAAUAAUCAAUCAAGAUUUUUCAUUACCAAAUGCAACUAGUUAUGAAGGAAUUCAACAAACUGCUGAUACAGAAGCUAUACGUUUUGGUAAUAUAAAUUAUUUAUCAUCAUCAUCAGCAUCGAACUUGAUUAGUGAUGCAAAUCUUACUGCUACUAAUAUUAGCCGUGAUGAACAAUUAAAACAAACAAAAUUUCAACGAUAUAUUUAA